AUGGUGGAUACAAAGAAAGAUGUCUCUACUAUAGCUGAAUUCAAGGCUGAAUACGACAGAACAAGCGAACUAAAAGCGUUCGACGAAACUGAGGCUGGUGUUAAAGGACUUGUUGAUUCUGGUGUAACUGAGAUUCCUCGUAUGUUCCAUCAUCCCUCAGAUAAUGACUUCGAGGAAAUCUACGUUUCAUCAGGAGAUUCGCAGAUCAGCGUUCCGCUCAUAGACCUCGGAGGGCUAAUUACCAAAGAUCCGGUAAAGCGAAAGGAGAUCGUUGAGAGAGUAAGAGAAGCAGCAGAGAACUGGGGAUUCUUCCAAAUUGUAAACCACGGAAUCCCGGAGAGUGUUCUUGAGGAGAUGAAAGUAGGGAUUCGUCGUUUUCACGAGCAAGAAACCGAGGUGAAGAAAGAGUAUUACACCAGAGACCCUACGAAACCGGUGUUUUAUCACAGCAACUUUGAUUUGUAUAGUUGGAUUUCUACGAAUUGGAGGGACACGUUUAUAUGUCGAAUGGCUCCUAAUCCUCCGAAACCUGAAGACUUGCCCAUAGCAUGCAGAGACAUACUUAUAGAGUACUCAAAGCAAGUGAUGGAAGUGGGAAUCCUGUUGUUCGAGCUGAUUUCUGAGGCUCUCGGAUUGAAUCCGAAUCAGUUAAAUGAGAUAGAUUGCGCGGAAGGGCUAACGGUCUUGUGCCACUACUACCCCGCAUGUCCACAGCCAAAACUAACUAUGGGCACAACCAAGCACACUGACAAUGGCUUCCUCACUGUUCUUCUACAAGACAACAUCGGUGGUCUCCAAGUUCUGCACGACAACAAGUGGAUCGACGUAUCUCCUCAGCCCGGCACCCUCGUGGUCAAUAUUGGAGAUCUCCUCCAGCUUAUAUCAAAUGAAAGAUUCACAAGUGUUCGACAUAAAGUACUGGCGAACCGCGUAGGUCCAAGAGUAUCUGUUGCGAGCUUCUUCUCCACUGGUUCCAUCCCAACAUCAAAACUGUACGGACCCAUCAAAGAGUUGUUAUCAGAAGGCAAUCCUCCGAAGUACAGGGAAACCACAGUGAGGGACUAUGUUCUCCAUUUUGAUUCAAAAGGCCUUGGUCGGACUUCAGCCUUGGAUGAUUUCAAGCUUUGA